GAUCUACAGAAACACAUACACAUUCACACAGGAGAGAAACCAUAUGCAUGUGAUACAUGUGAAUAUUUGUGUGCUACCUCCAGUACUCUCCGGAUACAUAUACGCAUUCACACAGGAGAGAAACCAUAUGCAUGUGAUACAUGUGAAUAUUUGUGUGCUGCCUCCAGUACUCUCCAGAUACAUAAGCGAACUCACACGGGAGAGAAACCAUAUGCAUGUGAUACAUGUGGAUAUUUGUGUGCUACCUCCAGUGCUCUCCAGGCACAUAAGCGCAUUCACACUGGAGAGAAACCAUAUGCAUGUGAUACAUGUGAUUUUAGAUGCUCCCAGCUCGGUAGUCUUCAAAUUCACAUGCGCAGGCACACAGGAAAGAAGCCCUACAUGUGUGAUAUUUGUUCGUAUACAUGCACUACAUCCGGUGCUCUCAAGGCGCACUUUCGCACUCACACAGGAGAGAAGCCCUAUGCGUGUGACAUGUGUGACUACAAGGGCACGACUUCUGGUACCCUCCAGGCACACAGGCGCACUCACAUGGGAGAGAAGCCAUACGCGUGUAAUUUAUGUGACUAUAAAAGCGCCCGCCGUGGUUGUCUGAAGGUACACAAGCGCACUCACACAGGAGAGAAACCCUAUGUGUGUGAUACAUGUGGAUACAGGACUACUACCUCUAGUACUCUGCAGAGACACAUGCGCACUCACACAGGAGAGAAGUCUUACGCAUGUGAUUUAUGUGACUAUAGGGCCUACCAGCUUUCGGGUCUCACGGCACACAAGUUCACUCACACAGGAGAGAAGCCUUACGCGUGUGAUUCAUGUGACUAUAAAACCGCCUAUUCCAGUACUCUGAAGAUACACAUGCGCACUCACACAGGAGAGAAGCCGUACGCGUGUUAUUUAUGUGACUAUAGAGCCUCCCAGCUUGCGUAUCUCAAGAGACACAUGCGUAAGCACACUGGAGAGAAACCCGAGGUUCAGGGGCAGGAGGCUGGUGCUGGGGGCGGUCCUGUGUUCGAACCUCUUUCUGGGUAGCAGGUUGAUCAUUUUCUCAGGAGGUACACUUUAUUUCUUGUUAGCCCAAACACACUCUCUUUGUGUUUCUUUGAGUCUCUUUGUGGAGGGUUAUAUUUGUGCAUGUUUUUUUUGUAAUUUGUCUUCGUUUGUGUAAUCCUUCCACUAUGUGCAUGAAUUUACGCAUCACUUAAGACCUAGAUUGCGGUGCCUUUCCAGGCGUCCCAACUAUUAACCAGCGCCACAGUUCAUUUUUCCUGAAUAUAGUUUUUAUUCCAAUGUCUCGCUUGCUUUCCAAGAAACGAUAAUGAUCUCCUCUUCUAAUUUCACCCUCGUUCUUUGUUUUGUCAUUACUGAUCAUUUCUCAGAACGGUUUAGUUUACUAUAGAUUCCUGCCAGUGUUAUAUGUUUUUAACUUGCUGCUUGUCAAAGGCUGGGGUCUUUAUCGUUUAUAUGGUUGAAAAUGAACCUGAACUAGAGCAUUGUUUUGAUCGGAGAGGAGUAUGGUGUGAACAGGAAAUUUAUA